AUGAAGGUAAUAAUAGUAAUUCAAUCUCCUCACACCCUCUCCCCCAAAAUCAUCCUCACCAACCCCUCAUAUUCACCCUCCCCUCCAGUGCUCAAACACCACGACCAUAGCGUCCACAUCCCCACCCUCUCUCCCAACGCCCCCAGUCUCGGCAUGGUGCUUGAGCUCGCCGAAUUUUUCAAGCUACAUGACCCCAUCAAUGGACCCGUCACCAUUCCAAACAUAGGUGUCCGUAUUAUAAAUGCCCAGGAUAAAAUUAUGAAGAGACUGAAUGUCGCAUCGCCGAUGGCCAGCUGGGAUAUGCUAUACUUCCGGCUUAGGCGAAAAUUCCGACGGCCUAUUGUCGAGGUAUUAGAAGUAGCGUAUGAGACGAAGAAAACUGUUGUGAGCAGCGAGAAGAGGGGCGAGAAGGUAAUUGUUACAUAUACCAAGACUGGAGACCCUGAAUCAUUUGCGUCACAAAGUGGGAGUAUAGAAGCAAACAUUCUGAUCGGAGCCGAUGGAGCCAGUCUUACAGUCAAACGUUUGGUCUUCCGUAAUGCGGCGGGGGAGUAUGCUAGGUAUAUCAUAUUGCGAGGAUUAGUUCCAGAGCCGGAUAAAUACGCCAGGUACACCCACCGACAAAGUCGGGCUGCUUAUACCCCAUAUCUCUACCCAUACCUUGAUGGAAUAACUCUGACAUCCCCAAUAGCACUCUCGCCUCCGCAACCCUCAGCCGAAGCCACUACCACCGAUGGUCGGACCCACUCGGCAAAAUCCAGCGAGAAGUCAGGCCCUUCAUCUAAGUUGCGUCUGGCUACUACAACCCGCACGCUAGUUUCCGAGACGGCGAGGCCCUGCUUUGUAGGCGAUGAGCAGACACUCGUACGACCGUAUAUGGGUGUUGGUGCUAGCCGAGGCGCUAUUCAUGCGCUGGAGUUAGAGAAAAUGAUGCAAAAUUUUUGUGAGAGAAGACAGGGAAGUUGGGAAGUUGUGGCGAGGAACAUCAAGGAGUGUGUUGUAGAGAGAGUGGUUUUUCGGAGACUGGGGGAAGUGGUUAUGGGCAGCGGUGGUGCACUAGGGGAAAACACAUCAGUCGCCUCAUUGAUAUUAGGAGAUUCUGGGCAAAUCUUUGAAAUUCAAUUUUACUUGUUAGCCGAACCCCUAGCACAAACACUCGGUUACUUCUUGAUAAGCUUUCAAAGCCCACGCACGCUCAGCCCAAACCUAUUUAAACCUAAUAUGGCAGCCCAAGCCUUCAAACAUGUUAGAACGAAAGUCAACUGUCUUCUGUUACCGUACAGUUAA